AUGCGGCAUGGCGAGAGGUGCGAGUCGGUGCGGCAUUGUCGAUGGGUGGACGAGGUGAUCCCGGACGCGCCGUGGGUCAUCGACCAGAGCUUCCUGGACAAGUACCAAAUCGACUACGUCGCGCACGACGAGGACCCGUACGUGUCCGGCAACCACGACGACGUCUACGCGUUCGUCAAGAACCAAGGCAAGUUCCUCCCGACGCGCCGCACGCCGGGCGUGUCGACGUCGGAGCUGCUCGAGCGGAUCGUGAGCGGGUACCGGCACCGGAUCUUCGACAAGAAGCUCGCGAAGAUGGGCCACGCGGAGCUAAUGGCGGAGGGGAGCGACUACGACGACAGCCGGCCGCCGUCCGGGCGCGCGUCGCCGCUGCGGCGGCAGCAGUCCCCUGCCGUCGCGUAG